UGCUUACUUCUGAUGCAUACAGUUAAAAGGUUAUCCCACUGACUUUACCAAUGAUUAAACUGUGAUUUGAACAAAGAGGACCCAGCGUACUUUAAUCUACACAGCACACGAUACACGCUAAGGUAUGCUAGGAAUUCAUUGGCUUAUAUAGGAGUGACCUGAUCAGUCAAGUCACACACACUGUAGGAACACGGAACAGGUACACUAUAAGGACAUAUGCACACAUACUAUGUACUCAGAAUACACGGAGGAUACACAAAAUUAAACAUGGAUAAAACACACAGGCAGGUGUGAAAAAAUAAUCACAUAACGUGACUAUUUACAGUUUUUUGGAACUUUAAUUGUGUAAUAUAGCAAGACGAUGGCUUGUCCAAAUAUAGGAGGGAUAGUAGCGGGUUGUAUUCUAGGAACCUUAGCAUUAUGUGCUAUCAUUGGAGGCUUAGUCGGUUUCUUACUAUGGAGGAAAUACAAAGCCAGGGGUAACUUAACAUUGAACAAUGAAAGUCAGGCCUACCAGAACAAAGCAUUUGAUAAAGAGGAUGAAGAUACCACAAAUGAUAAGUUAGAUGGAGACCCUGAACAAGGUCUUUCUACUCUUGCUCCUAGGGAUGCAGAAAAAACUAGGGCCCCCUUGACUGCUACAGCAAGCAAUGCCUCAGAACAGAAAACAUGGAAGUCUCUCCCAAAUAGAUCUGAAGGUCCACGAUUGUGCCACCAGGGCUCCAGGAGCUCUUUAGACAACAACUUCUUUGGAUUGGAUCCAGAGAUAGUCAGUGUCCAGCUUCAGAGCCAAGAUAUCAUAGGUUUGGGCUUCAAUGUCUGUGGAAGCAUGAGGGAUGGGAUAUUUGUAAGUCAAGUCCACAACAGAGGGCCUGCCAUUGAGAGUGGUGAAAUAAAACCAGGUGACAGGAUCCUGAGUCUGACCAUAUCGUUCGAGAACAUGGUGUAUGAGGAUGCAUUGACGAUACUCAGUUAUGCUUCCCCUUACCCUGUCACGAUCCAACUUCAGAAGACAGCGCCAGCCAGCCACAAACAAGCCACCAAACUAGACAGCUCAGACCUUCAUCAUCCUGUAUACAGGAGUCAAUCACUGGAUGAUCUUUCAAAGAUUGGAAAGGAGCCCAUACUAAAGCAAAGAAGGGCCUGGGCGAGUGAAAUCCGAUCACGGACGGAUAAGCGUUCCAUGUCUGAAAGGCUUCCUAAAAAACCAAGCACUCCACCACCUGCAGUCAUCAAUGAGAUUAUCAGUGAUGUGCCUACAAUUGCAAGUCUUCCAAACAUCAUUAUAUCAGACAAUGCUAAUAAUGAUGCAAAUGUUGCUAUGACUGCUCAACAGUUGGACUCUAACCCAGCCCUGGGAGAUGGUCAGAAUGAGAUUGUACCAAAUGUUACUACUGAAGCAAUGCCCCGAACUGAAGCUCCUACAGAUAUUCCCAGUAGCUACGUGACAGUUGACUCAACUGGACAACCCCUCCGAGCUUCAGUAGCUCUAACUGAUGUUGAAUUAAAUACGGAAAGUUCCACUGAUGCUCCGGAAUUUUCCACCCCAAAUGUCACACGUGGUGUGGAAAUUUCCACUGAAACUGAAACUCCUACUCCCCCACGAGAUAUCUCUAUGACAAUAAACCCAAAAGAAUAUGAGGACAUCUUCAAAGGACUUGAUGACAGGGAUAAAUUGGACAUGUUCAAACUUAGUUUUGAAGAUGGAGAAACUGGGUUUGGAUCACCAGAGGUGAAUGUAGAGGGGAGCAGCAUGGCUACCCCUUACCAAGACUCAGAUGAUGAUGAUGGUGCUGCUCCUCCACAACUUCCCUCUUCAAUUCCACCUGUGGCACAACUUUCAACUUCAACUCCAGCUGCUGGAUAUGUUGACAUAGCAAAUAUUGAUUCACCGCAAGUUACUACAGCAAUCCCACAAGUUUCAGUUGAAGCAUCGCAAGCUCCUAAAUUGAGCAUGGAAACACCAAAUGUUACCUUGGAAACACCAAAUGUUAAUACAGAAACAUCAAGCGUUACUAUGGAUACCCCUCAAAUGAACAUAGAAACACCAAAUUUGGAACUUGAAACACAAACAAUACAGACCCCAAAUGUUGACCUUGGUGCACCAGGUGCUGGAGCUGGUUAUGUUUCUGUAGAAAAUAUUGCAACACCUCAAGUGUCAGUGGAAACCCCAAAUAUUGAUAAACCCGACACAAAUAUGCCUUCACUUUCAAUGAACAAGCCCCAGUUGGAAAUAGACUCCCCAACAACAGACCCAGGAUAUGUCCAAGUAGCUAGUAUUUCCAGCCCUUUAUUAUCAGUUGGUUCACCAGACAUUGAUGUUCAAAAAGUAGAUUCUAACAUGAAAUUUUCAAUGGAUACACCAAAAUUGGACACAGGCACUUCAAAUGUUGACAUUGACCCACCAACAGUAGAUAUUGCAAAUCAAGGAGUUGACAUACAAACAGAUGUUGAAUCUCCUACUGUUGACAUUCCAGAAGCUGAAAAGAAAAUAGUUAUAGAUCCCAUCACUGUUGCAGCUCAGUCCCCUAAAGUUGAGUGUAGCAAUUUUGCUCUUGGAAAUAUCCCAGUUCCACAAAUGUCAAUGGAAACCCCUAAACUUGAGUAUGAAAGCCAUAAGGUUGAAGUUGAAACAAAAAUACCUGAAAUUGAAACUCCCAAAGUUGACUUUGAAACACCUAAUAUGACAGCUCCUGAAGUUAUGACACAGGAACUAGAUGUUAAUAUCCCUAAAGUAGAUGUUCAGGCUCCUAAAGUAGAUACUGAAGUGCCUCUUUUUAAAAUUCCUAUUCCAAGAACUGAUGCCGAGAUUGAAGCCGAGAACCUGAAAGAUGAGAGCUUUAAAGAUGUUGUUACAAACAUUGUGACCUCAAAUGUUAAAGUGGACGCUGAUCUUGAAGCACCGAUCAAUGAGGAGGUUAUCACACCAGUGAAACAUGCAAAAAAUAUUGUAUUGAAUGGCUCCAGCACAGUGCCCCUAAUUGAGAAAGAUACAACAGCAUUACAGAAUAAACUUGACCUUGAGCUCAGCAAGCCUAUGGUACAAGCACCCAAAAUGGAUAUAAAGGAGCCUGAAGUAGAAGUUAAUCUCGGUACACCUAUAGUUGAAGACACCAUAGAAGCUAUAUCAGUAAAGAAACCCCCACAGAUAGAUGCAGCGAGUAAGCUAAAGGAUAUUGUUGGGAAUGUUCUGAGUAUAGCAACUGAAAGAAAGUCCCCAGAGCUUGAAACAUCUGGAGACUGGUCAAUGAUGGCAAACAAAGAUGACACAAGUAUUCGAACCGAAACUCCUGAUUUGAGAAUUGAAACUCCAGAUCUUUCAAAAGUUUCAACUCCAUUAUUGAAAAUGAAUGAGGAUGCUGAUGUCACAGUUGAAGCCCCACCUAUUGGAGAAAAUAUUGUUAUUCAGCGUGGUGAAAUAGACACUGACAUUAAAGUAGGUACAGACCCUCAAGUACCAAGUGGCUAUGUGGGUCUAGAUGCACCAUCCUUACACAUGGACUCCCCUAGUUUAGCAGAUGAGUUGAAAGCGGUUGAAUCUACCUCAAUGAAAAUGGAAGAUGAUGCCAACCUGACCAUAGAAUCUCUAGAAGCUGACACCCCAGCAAACCCUCCAAAUCUAGUUGUAGACACUGACAAUGAUAAAUUUCAUUUCUUGAAAAAUGAUUCUGCUGUCCAAAGUAUCUUAGAAGGCUAUUUCAAAGAAAAACCAAGUGAAGAGUCCAAAAAACCUGAAGCAUCAACCAAACAGUUUGAUAUUAAUGAAUCCCCUUUGGUGCAACGCAAGUCAGGGGGAGGGAUGGCAUUUGACAUUGAUAUGGACAAGUUUGAGUCCAUGCCUGAUGAGCCAGCCCCUGAGCCACCUAAAGGUUCUCCUAAAGGGGGUACCUCAUUCUUUGUGGACAUAGAUAAUAAGCAGGGUGGGGAUAUCCUUCAUGCAGUCCCGGCUCAAGCUGUCUAUAACACUGAUACUUCACAAAGUCAGAAAUCACAUUCUGGGGGAACCGCAUUUGUUGUUGAUGUGAAUGAUCUUAUCUCCCAAAAGCAGAACCAAAAAGGAGAUUCAACAAGCCAGGAGAAUACUGUGUCACCCACACAGCCUCAGUUAAUAAGACGCGGCUCAUAUACCAUUGAGAGUGAUAUCCCAGUCAUAGAUGAAACCGAACCAUCUCCACUUAUACGCAAAGGCUCCUACACAUUGGAUGAACCUACAUUAAUACGCAAGGGCUCAUACACAAUCAAGAAACAUGACGACCUUGAUACUACCUCAACUAGCAGAAUCAAAUCUGAUAUAAACAGUAAUGAUGCCCCAGUAGCUCCGCCUAGGAAGAAGCCAUCACGCACCAACAGCUCUGAUGUUCGGGUCGACAUCAUCAAUGCUGAGAAUGGCGCUAGUUCUCCACCAAUCAGAUUCAAUGAUGGUGUAGAAAUAAAAUUUAAUGAUGGAUCUUCAGCAAAAACAUCAUCUGAUUAUGUGACUGUUGUAUCUACAGAACCAACGUUAUCAUAGAAACAGUUAUCAUGACAUCUCUAUGGUUGUUAAUGCAAUACAUUCAGUUGUCAUAGUAAGUGUGUUGUUUUAGCAAUAGAAACAGUUGUCAUAGCAACAUACCAGUUGUUUUAGCAAUAUGCAUGUACAUUACAUGAGAUUUCCGAAAUAGGAAUAUCAAUGUGUUCAAUAAUUCAACUAUUUAUAUGUAGAUACAACUAAUAUAUUGUACAGGUGUAAUUCUUUAUAUACUUAAUGAAAACUAUUGAAUGCAAUGUAGAUUCAAAUGCAAAAAUUUACAUCUACAAAAAUAUAACAUUCCUAUACUUCUAAUAUAGUUCAACUGGAGUAAUGUGCCUUCUAUAAUAUUAUUUAAUGUUAUGAGAGACUAGUUCAAAUAUAAAUUUAAUGCAAAACUAAUAUAAAACAGUUUCAGUAGAAACUUUGAUAUUGAGAGAUUUAUAAUCUAAAAUAUCAAACAGGGGUGGGCAGUGCAUUGAGUCCUCUGUACAUUAAUUUUCAAAAACAUUUAUCUCCUGACCUGCCCCUUAAAAUAUUAAGCUACAGCAAAGGA